CACCACUGCUACUCUUGGCCACAAUAAUCACCGCGGUAGCCGGUGUUGAAGUUGAGCUUGUGGGUUACCACUGAAAAACAAUCCGACUCCGUGGUCCUCCCUUGGCUAAUGUUCAAUCGCAGAACCAAAAGGAUGGCCAGAAAUGCUCGGGCAUGUACAGCAGAAAGUCCUGGGGCGGCUCCGAGGAACCCUUUAUCCUUGCAAAGUUCCUGCAGAAAGACACCGGCGACUUGAAUCCACAGGUUGGCAUUGUGAUUUGGGAAUACAAGGACUACGAUUACAUCUGGAAGCCUGCGGAUGAGGAACACAAUAUCCUCUGCGAUGACAGGAAUGUUAGUGAAGGGCUAUGCAAAGAGGAAGACAAGGGCAAGUUCAUCCUGACGGACGACGUGGAAGAGUCGAGAGUCGCCGUCCGCACAGAUACCGUGUCCCUCAAGGAGCCCCACGCCGUCAACUACCCAAUACUCAAGACUGGCUACUACUGCGUCGCAACGACGUCGUUGGUCGAUGGAGUAGACUAUACUGCCGUGAUCGAGUUCCGCAAUGCGUUUGGCGAGCUCCCUGCAGCUCAGAUUCCCAAGCUGCCGUUCUAUGGUGGCAUGACAAUCGUGUAUGCUGUCAUUGGCGCAUUCUGGGCAUUCCUCUACGUACAACACCGCCAAGACAUCCUGCCCGUCCAGAACUACAUCACGGCGAUUAUAGUGUUUCUGGUUGUCGAGAUGCUCAUGACCUGGGGCUUUUACGACUACGAAAACAGGCAUGGGCGCAACAUUGGCAGCAAGGUGCUCAUGAUAGUCGUGUCGAUUCUCAAUGCCGGCCGCAACUCUUUUUCGUUUUUCCUGCUUCUGAUUGUCUGCAUGGGCUACGGCGUGGUCAAGCCCUCGCUCGGCAAGAACAUGGUCUAUGUCCGCUAUCUCGCGCUCGCACACUUUGUCUUUGGCGUCAUCUACGCCAUUGCUUCGCUCACUGUCAGGCCGGACGACGCUGGCCCACUCGUGCUACUUGUCAUCCUCCCGCUCUCCGCCACCCUGACUGCGUUCUACGUCUGGACGCUGAACAGCCUCACGGCCACCAUGAAAGAUCUCCGCGAGCGCAAGCAGACAGUCAAGGCCGGCAUGUAUCGCAAUCUCUGGUGGUGCAUCCUCGGCAGCAUUCUUGUCAUCUUUGGCUUCUUCUUCCUCAACAGCCUCACCUUUGCCGGCGCCUCUUCGCCGGACUUUGCGCCCACCCACUGGCAGACUCGCUGGUUCGUGCUCGACGGCUGGCUGAACAUUGUCUACUUUGCAGACGUCUGCUUCGUGGCAUACAUCUGGCGACCCACGGCCAACAAUCGCCGCUUCGCCAUGAGCGACGAGAUUGCACAAGACGACGAAGGCUUUGAAAUCGCCUCGUUGCGCGAUUCGCUCGACGACGUCGACGACGACGACGACCUCGAGGGCCACGCAGCGAAUCGUCCGCCCGCAUAUGACCCCGUGCGCAGCAGCGGCCAUCGCCGCGAUGAGUCGCCGUUGCCUGCGCCCCAGCCGACGAAGCCUGUGCCCCCGCCACGGGAGAGUCUGGACGGCGACACGAUUUUCGCGGUUGGUGAGGAGGAUAAGUGGAGUGAUGAUGAGAUGGACGAGGACGAGGAGGGAGAUGGGAGGGGGGAGAGGAAGAGGCUGACGGGGAAGGAUGAUUGA